ACGACCAACAACAGGCAGGUUAUUAUGUUCAACACGUUAUAGUGUGAAGUUCAACGUACAUUUUGGAAAUGUACCUCAGUGAUUAAAGGCAAAACUUAGUAAUUACGUUUACAGGUAGGUCUUUGUUUAAUUUCUUUUUAUUUAUUUUUAUAAAAUCACUGGCUGAAAUUAUUUAACUAAAGGAAAACUUAACUCCGGUUCGGCAAAUCGAAAGGAGGAGGAUAGCACAAAAAGGAAAGCGAGCUGUCCGAAGAGUUUCCGUUUAAUUUAAUAACUAAUAUAUUUAGGCAAAACAUUCAGUUUAGGAAAUAGCUAGGUUUUUAAACGUGAUAAGUUCAACGAACAGGUUUUGCUGACAUGGACGCCUAGGUUUUUACUAACGAACACUCAACUGCCUAACCUAUUGAUAUGUUUACACCAAUUUCUUGUUCACUCAAAGUGUUCAUCAUUAAAAAAAAAAGCCCAGGAGAGGAAAGCUAAAAGUAUUCUGUAAAGUUUUGUUACCACAAUCAGUAAAAUAUUGACCAACUGAAAUGUAAUGUAAGUUGGUGGUACUGGCACCGUGAAAUUAAAUGUUGAAUUAAUUAAUAAGUUGUUUAUUCUUUCUGAUUGAGAAUUCAUUGUUUGUAUCCUUUACUGGCUGCUUGUGCCGAAUUUUGAUCAAAGAAACGUUCAAUCCUUUUAAAUCUGUUGGCUCCUUCAGUUAAAAUAGUGAAGCAAAAAGGAAACUGGUCCCAUGCCGGUCGUUACCGAUAAUUGAACCACGGCAAUUUUUCCUGAGUUGAAACAAACAUUCCGCUUGGAGUUUUCGGUGCAGAAAAUAUGAUUAUUGAAGUGAGUGAAGAAGAUAUAGGAUUGAUGAUAAGGUAUUAAACGCAACAAAAUCCUGAAAGAACAAAAUAAUUAUAAAUACACUUGCUUGCAGUGCCACUCACAGUGAGACUGAGUCAAAUUUUGCAUCAUAAUGAGUAGCUGUAUCUCCAUUAAAUAAUGAACUUACAACAUUCCCCGUUUUUUCAGGUAGCAAGUCUGUGGAAUUUUGUUUUGCAGUAUCAUAAGACAGCAUAUUUAUUUCCGAAUAAAAAAACUGAAGAAACAUGCAUAUUGAUGAAAAGGGAGGAUUAAACAAUAUAGCUAACAGCACAGUCUUAAACAGAGACAGUUCUAAGCCAUGUCUCCCCUCUUGGAUUCUGGAUGCCGUCAACGACCCUUCUGUUUACAUCAGUGACACUUCAAUAAUCCUCGUAAACGUUCCAUCCGCAAUGUUCGCAGUGAUCGCUAACCUGGUUGUUAUAGUCACCAUAUUCCGCUCUCCUUCACUCCACCGUCCAGUUAACGUGUUGCUGUGUAGCCUGGCUGCCUCUGAUUUUCUAACCGGCCUAGUUGUUCAACCUGUCUACGUAGCAUGGCGCUUUCUGCUGCAUCACACUAAAGAUCCUUGCAAAUUGGUUCAUCUUUACCAAGCCAGUAAAUCUCUUCCGUUUCUCCUUAUCGGUUGCACGUUCCUGCACUUGGCAAUAACAAGCGUCGAAAGGUUGUACGCUGUUUGGAAACCAAUUGCCUAUUCGGUCAAAGUAACACUGCGAGGUAUGUAUGUACAAUUGCGGUAGACUCCUGCUACCGUUAGAACUCAGAUUGUGUUUGCUUUGAGAGCUUCAAAGCAAAUGACCAUAAAUAAUCAUCCACCUAUGUUUCGUUUUGUUAUUAAGCCCGUUGUUGUUGCUGUAUUCCGAGUCAAGUUUAUAAAUUUUUUGGGGGGGCCGCGGAAUUCGAAUUUGAUUAGGUUGCUCAGACGACAAGGAUGAUCUCACAUUAAAUUCAUCUCUUCACAAAUGCCAAUCCCAAUGUUUCGCUUCUAAUUUUUCGAUCUGGUACAAAAAUACAAAGUCUUCCGGUUGUAACUGCGUGUGAAAGCUUGCAAUUGGUUCUCUUAGUGGGCAAUAUUCAGCUCAACAGGUUGGUAGAAACGAAAUCUCUUUAUCAAGCAAGUUAUUUCCUGUGAAGACUCAAAACAUGUUUAAUACAAUUAUCAUGUAACGGGGUCUUGAGGCCCCAUAAUACGGCCUACAUUCUAGCCUUGUCAGGUUCCGCUUUCAAAUCACACAUUUUUAGUAGUAGCUGAAAGCUUUAAUUUUGCUUUAGACUGCCGGUUCCAAUAAGAAAAAUAAUAAAACAAAUAAAACAAAACAACAAAAACAACAAAAACAACAAAGAAAGACUGAAGGAAUGUAUUUUUUCCGGUACAGAUGAGAUAAUGAUUAAUUUUAUCUACAAUUCUCCAUAGUUAAUAACUCUUAAAUUGUACAAAAAAUUAUAUUUCAGGAAUGGCGAAGAUUGUGCUUUGCGCAUGGUUAAUCUGGUUCAUCUACGUAAUCCCUCUGGAAACUUAAUUAAUUUUAUCUACAAUUCUCCAUAGUUAAUAACUCUUAAAUUGUACAAAAAAUUAUAUUUCAGGAAUGGCGAAGAUUGUGCUUUGCGCAUGGUUAAUCUGGUUCAUCUACGUAAUCCCUCUGGAAACUUCAGCCCAUGAGGAGGUUUAUCAACCACUGGAAAACAUCACAAUGAUUUUAUUGAUUGUUAUCCCCAUCGGCGGACACGUUUUGACCUUCUGCGCAAUCCGCACUAACAACAAAAAGAUCGUUAAUGCUACCCACAACUCCCAACAAGCGAUCCUUUUUAGAAGAGAGAAAAAGGCUUUCACAGAUAUGACAUUGUACACAGUAGCGACGUUACUGUCCAUUUUUCCUAUUCUGCUGCUGCUUAAUGUGGAAAACAGCAUUGUUUCAGGGAAUAUUCUUUUUCCUUGGGCUUCAACGUUCACUCAUCUGAUAUCCAGUCUUAACCCUGUUAUUCAGAUUUACAGAAAUGCCGCUUUGAGGCAGGCACUAAAGAUGGCCCUGUAAAAGUUUUAUGCAUGGUUCAAUUUUACCUGUUAGCGCCCAGGGGAAUUUUUGGAAUAAGUUCAGAUCUUCUGACCCAACGUUGGCGAAUUAUUUAAACGGUAUUGUUCAGGGAUUGGGGAAGAUCGAAAAGAACUUUCCUGGAUUUCGCGCAAUGGUUGACACACGUCCGCCAGCAGUUUAUUUGCG